GAAGGCUGCGAUGACUUCUGCACUGACCCAGGGGCUGGAGCGAAUCCCAGACCAGCUGGGCUACCUGGUGCUGAGUGAAGGUGCAGUGCUAGCGUCGUCUGGGGAUCUCGAAAAUGACGAGCAGGCAGCCAGUGCCAUCUCUGAGCUGGUCAGCACAGCUUGCAGCUUCCGACUGCACCAUGGCAUGAAUGUUCCCUUCAAUCGCCUGUCUGUGGUCUUUGGAGAACACACGCUGCUGGUGACUGUGUCAGGACAGAGGGUGUUUGUGGUGAAGAGGCAGAACCGAGGCCGGGAACCUAUUGACGUCUGAGCCUGCCAGACGGUCAGGGUCGGAGCAGUGGACUGGGCCUCUGGGUCUCUGUGUUGAGGAGAAGUACACACCCCGACACUUUCCUCGGCUUGCUGCUGGAACCAGGGCCUUCUGGUCAUCCACAUUUACCUGAAGAGUAGAGACUUGGGGAUUUUGUGCUAUGUUAAGAACUUGAGCAAGGGGGCCCCCUUUCUUUCCUUCCUCCACCACCCUCCCCAAUAAACAUGAACCUAGUAUG